AACUUUACUCACAUCAAGUGAUACGCAUUAGGAUUUAAAAUCAAAAAUGCAUAAACUUUUUUUUUCCUGUUCAAGUCAAUAAAAUCAUGAAACAUUCCGAUUUUUUUAUUUCUUAUUUUACAUAUAAUGGAUUUACCUGGACCAAUACAUGAUUUUCUUUUAGUUUUUCUGGGGUCGGGCCUUAUAUUAGGUGGUCUAGGAGUAGUAUUAUUUACCAAUACAAUUUUUUCUGCUUUUUCGUUAGGAUUGGUUCUUGUUUGUAUAUCUUUAUUCUAUAUUCUAGCAAAUUCCCAUUUUGUAGCUUCUGCACAACUCCUUAUUUAUGUGGGAGCUAUAAAUAUAUUAAUAAUAUUUUCUGUAAUGUUCAUGAAUGGUCCGGAAUAUGACACAGAUUUCCGUCUGUGGACUGUGGGGGACGGGAUUACCUUAUUGGUUUGUGCAAGUCUUUUUGUUUCAUUAACUAUUACUAUUCUAAAUACGUCCUGGUAUGGGAUUAUUUGGACUACAAAAUCAAAUCAGAUUCUAGAACAAGAUCUGAUAAGCGCUAGUCAACAAAUAGGAAUUCAUUUAUCAACCGAUUUUUUUCUUCCAUUUGAACUCAUUUCAAUAAUUCUUUUAGUUGCUUUAAUAGGUGCAAUUGGCGUGGCUCGUCAAUAAUAAUUCAUUUGAUUUUUUAAAAUAGCAAUCAAAAAAAAUGAUAUUUUAUCAUAUUCAUUUUCAUUCUAGUCAAUCAAAUUGGUUUAAUUCAAUUUAUUAUUCUAUUAUCAUAUCAUUUUUUUGUUCUUCAUUUUUUUUUUGUAUUAUAACAUAUUAUAUUCUAGUUAAUCAAAUGGGUUUAAUUGUUGUUCAUAUUCAAAUGAAUAGAGAUUGAUAAGGAGUUGGUCAAUGAUACUCGAACAUGUACUUGUUUUGAGUUCUUUUUUAUUUUCGAUCGGCAUUUAUGGAUUAGUCACGAGUCGAAAUUUGGUUCGGGCUCUGAUGUGUCUUGAACUUAUAUUGAAUGCAGUUAAUCUAAAUUUUGUAACAUUUUCUGAUUUUUUUGAUAGUCGCCAAUUAAAAGGAAAUAUUUUCUCAAUUUUUGUUAUAGCUAUUGCAGCCGCUGAAGCAGCUAUUGGCCCGGCUAUUGUUUCUUCAAUUUAUCGUAACAGAAAAUCAAUUCGUAUCAAUCAAUCGAAUUUAUUGAAUAAAUAGUUUAUAGUAUUUAUUUUUUCAUUUUUUUAGUCUAAAAUUUUAUUCUAGAAAUUGAAAUUUGAAUAAUCAUUAAUUCAAAUUAAAUUCCUAGAUAUCACACUUUAAGAUAUACUUUCACAAAUGUAAGAAAUCAAAGUAUUUUGGACCUCUUUUACAUUUAUCUAUUUUAUAUUUAGUUUCUAAUAUUCUAAUAAGUCGCCGAUCCAAUCCAGAAUUAGAUCGAACUUCUGGGAAAUCAUCGAUUCGUCUGGUAAUUUAUUCAUCUGGUAUUUUAAUAUGUAUUUCAUUUACUUUACUAGAACUAGAAC